UCGCAUCGGGCGUCCGCAUCGGCUUCCUUGGGCGUCGCCAGCCAAAAUUCCCCAACUCGCGUCGCCACUCUGCGUGUCUUCGUCGACCAAAACCCCAACCCCAGGCUCCAGCCCCGGCGAUGGCGGGGUCCGGCGCGGACGCGGAGCAGGCGCAGAAGCGGGCGGCGGCGGCGGCGUACGACUACGAGGGCGACGCGCGCUGGUCCGACUACUGGUCCAACGUCCUCGUGCCGCCGAACCUCGCCUCCCGCCCCGACGUCAUCGACCACUUGAAGCGCAAGUUCUACCAGCGAUACAUCGACCGUGAUCUGGUGGUUGAGCCAAUGUCAUCCGCCGGUUCCACUCAGCAGAGCAGGCCAGAUGUAAGGUCUUCAUCAUCGCCAUCCAAUGAGAAUCUCAGGGCUCGUAACUCAGGGUCUACUUCGAGGUCAGCACCGCCGCGGCCACCACCAACACAAACGGACAGUGCUGUCAACCCUUUACGGUUCGAUGCACGGACUAUACAUUUCUCCAUCAAUGCCUGGGUACUUGUAGUUGCUGGUCUGGGAAUGCUUCCAAUUCUGCCAAAACACCUUGCUGACAGAGCUUGCAAACUUUCAUUACUGGGAACAAUAUUAUCCUCAGGAUAUUCUCUGUACAGUACUUAUGGGAAACCAAGAGCAUGGAACAUGCCAGCAAUUCAGGCUUGGUUACAGUCUGUACUUGCAACCAAGGAUUUUAUCCACUUAAUGUUCUCUUUUAUGCUCUUCACAUCUCAAUUGCACUUAAAGAUUGCUGCACUACCUGUGCUCUGCUGGGCACUUGAUCAUGUAGCCAGAUUCCUAAGGCGUAAUUUCGCUCGAUCCUCUUUCUAUAGGAGAUACUUGGAAGAACCUUGUCUUUGGGUAGAGACAAACAAUACUACACUGAGUCUCCUUAGUUCAAAUGCUGAAAUCGCCUUGGGCUUUCUCCUGAUCAUAUCAUUGUUCUCGUGGCGCCGUAGCAUAAUUCAGACGUUCAUGUACUGGCAGGUGUUGAAGCUGAUGUACCAUGCUCCAGUGACAUCCAGCUAUCACCAGAGCGCCUGGGCGAAAAUUGGGAGGAUUGUGAAUCCAUACAUCCACCGCUAUUGCCCAUUCCUCCAGACACCCAUUUCUGCGAUCCAGAGAUGGUGGUUCAGGCAGUGAGAUAGGCGGGGAAAUUACAUAUGCUGCUAAAUCAUUGAGCCACUCUGGUCUUUUGAGAUGGUUACACAAACAUAGCAUGGCGUUGAUUUCCUGUAAUGCAGCUCACACUGUAACCUUUGCAAGCGUGGACUGGGUGACUGAUAUCCCAGAAUUAUGGAGGGUGCUCAUCUUAGCAAGAAGGGCGUUGUAGCCUGUAAACUCAGAGAGGCGGUGUACCUUGGUGCAGGGAUGACCGUGUGUGCUGAAUACUAUCUCAGCCUGGUUAAGCUAACUUAAUUUCGUCCUGCC